AUUGGAAAAUGAAUGUACUUCUGGUGUACCAAAACCCAUUACACAGUCGGUGUCUCUCGAGCCAGUAUUGCGAAACGGGAGUGCAAGUGUGCGCUCCAGUAAAGGACUGUUUUCGUCGGAGCAACGAGUUGACUCCGUGCGUUCUGUGUGCUGGGCCAGGACAGGGACGAAGCCAGGCGCGCGUGUGUGAGGAGAACAUGGGUCAUCACAACAGUUGACUUUAUCCCGAUCUUCCUCCGCAUUAUGGGACCGUAGGAACGCAGUCUGUGUGAUUUCCUUAGGUUAUUUGAUCGUUUUUGAUUCUGGGAAACUUUGGCCAGCCAUUGAAAUGGAGAUGUUAACUUUCAUGUUCGCGAGCCUUUCCCUCCUGAAUAUCAGGGGCAACAUUUUCACCAGGGCCGAGCUGAGUGACAUUGGGGACUAUGUAGGUUCAGACAUACAAAUAUCCUGGUUGCCUAAUCUGGAUGAGUUAAUGAAGGGCUAUGCACGAAAUUUUCGCCCUGGGAUAGGAGGCCCACCCGUGAAUGUUGCCAUGGCUAUUGAAGUAGCCAGUAUUGACCACAUCUCUGAAGCCAACAUGGAGUACACCAUGACCAUUUUCCUGCGGCAGAGCUGGCGGGACGACCGCCUGUCCUACAACCACACCAACAAGACCCUGGGGCUGGACAGCCGCUUCGUGGAUAAACUCUGGCUGCCCGACACCUUCAUUGUCAACGCCAAGUCCGCCUGGUUCCACGACGUCACUGUGGAGAACAAGCUGAUUCGCCUGCAGCCCGAUGGGGUCAUCCUUUACAGCAGCCGGAUCACCUCGACUGUGGCGUGUGACAUGGAUCUGACCAAGUACCCCAUGGAUGAGCAGGAGUGUAUGCUGGACUUAGAAAGCUACGGCUACUCCUCAGAGGAUAUUGUGUACCACUGGUCUGAGAGUCAAAUACACAUCCACGGACUGGACAAACUGGAGCUCUCCCAGUUCACCAUCAUCGACUACAAAUUUGUCACGGAAACUAUGAACUUCAAAUCCGCCGGACGUUUCCCGCGGCUCAGCCUUCGCUUCCAGCUGAGACGUAACCGAGGCGUCUACAUCAUCCAGUCCUACAUGCCCUCCAUCCUAUUGGUCGCCAUGUCCUGGGUGUCCUUCUGGAUAAGCCAAACAGCAGUCCCGGCUCGUGUAUCCCUGGGGAUCACCACUGUGCUCACCAUGACCACUCUGAUGGUGAGCGCCCGCUCAUCUCUCCCUCGAGCCUCCGCCAUCAAAGCGCUGGAUGUCUACUUCUGGAUCUGCUACGUGUUUGUGUUCGCAGCGCUCAUCGAGUACGCUUUCGCUCACUACAACGCCGACUACAGGCUCAAAGAGAAAGCCAAGAGCAAGGCCAACAAGAUGAGCUCCGAGUCCAUCGUGAAAAAUGGGAAGCAGGCCAUGGUGCUCUUUUCCUUGUCUGUGGCCGGAAUGAACCAGGGCCUGAUGGUCUCCAGCCGCCGUCCGCAGCAUUCCGGUGCCGAUACCCCCGGCGAGGAGGACGUGGAGCACAGGAGGGGGUGGGGGGCUAGAGCGUCAGAAGAGAGAGAACAGGAGAAGAAGUGCUGUAGUUGCUGUUCCAAGUGCUGUUGCGAUUGCAAGCCACUCCAAGCCGACACCAUAGAUGUCUAUGCCAGGGCCGUGUUCCCAGCCACCUUCGCCAUCGUCAAUGUGAUCUACUGGGUGGCAUACACAAUGUGAGUUGGGAGGACUAAAGACAGACAGGCGAUACCGCCAAGGACGGGUGUACUGUACAUAGAGGAAAAACGUGGCACUUUGAAUUCAGUGAUUUAUAUAGGGACACCGAUGUAAACAAGGCUUCCUUAAGAAAAACUGGAUUCAUGUAUAAUAUGGUGAAGUAAGGACCUGGUAAAUAGCAGAUAAAGUACAGUAGAUGGACAAACGAAAUCAGAUCAGGUAUAUGGACAUGUUCUGAAGUACAAUUAAGUUACGUACAAUGGAGUCUUAAGUGGUCGCCGAUGUCUUAUCCUGAGUGAGGCUCACUGUAUGAUAGCCCAGCUACUGACUUUUAUCCCCAAAACCCUCCACUAUCCACCCUACCCCUACUGCCCCAAUCCCCUUAAAUACUGAUCGCUACCCACAAAGCCACAGCAAUGGACUGCCGUUCAGCUAUGUCCUAUUACCGUACAUGUAUGAACUCUGCUCACACCAGCAACAUACACAGCAAGCUAAUGUCUCAUUGCUGAAAACAAAUGGGCACAACAAUUGCUAUUCGCUUAACUCACAAACAUAUCUGAUGAUGGACUAACUGUUAAAAAAAAGAAACUGUCCAAACUUCAUGAUGAUGAGAUGAGGUGUAGUCUAUUAUUCUGCAUGGCUGAUGCUCCCCCCCACCCCCUUCACCGUCCCACCUCCCUCCCCCACUCCUUUUUUCCCUGCAGUUUUUCCACUCCAGUUUGAUUUGGGCUGCAGAGCAUCUUAUCUCCUCUUGCCAGGUCUUCCUGUUUACUGAUUAUUAUUAUUAUUAUGAUUAUUAAAGGACUUCCUCCACUACCUGGGUAUCUCCAAGCUGGAAAUCUUCACUUUAGAGUUUUAAUGCCUCUGUUUAAAGUUUCGGAACAGUUGUUUAUCAUGAUUGUCUCUAGAACAUCUACAAUCACAUGUACUGUAGGACUGAUAAAAUGUUUCUCCAAAUUCCAAUGUUAAGUAACUUUGUGGGCAUUAUGGUAUAUGAUGAAUUCCUUAACAGCAUUAAAAUGAUGGCUUCCA